UUGACAGUGGCGACAGCGCAGAACUGCAAGUGGAAAGUCAAAUACAUCUUUGCGCUUCUGGCUUUUUGCACAAAAUGAGAGGAAAUGCGAGUUUUUGCCUAUGUGAUCACAGCAGACACGAGUUUAGACCCUGAUCGUGUGCGUGACUGACACGACUCUGAAACUGAAGCUGCACUUGUGAGAAUUAUCAGUUAAUUGGGCCAUUCAGGAACUGUAAAAAAGGAGGAAGACGAAGAAGUGAUGGAGGACCCGCUACGAAAUUAACCCAGAACUUUAAAAAAUGACGUUGAUUUUAAAUAAGGGCGCUAAGAGCACGUUUUAAAUGACCUACAACAUUUAACUGAGUUUUUUUUUAAAUUUUAUUUUGCUUUACCAUGCGUAACAGAUGGAUACGCCGGAGGUUGCUUGUCUUAAUUUUCACCUUCUUCAUCAUUCUCUACGUGGAUUUUCAGCUUCGAACCAGCAGCCUUCCCAAAGUUAUAGUGGUUCACCAUCCAUCACCCGGUGCGAUCCACCACCGGACCAUCCAGCAGGCUACCUUCCUGGUCAAGGACGCGCAGAACCCGGCGAAAAGUACCAGAAGCAGCGGCGAAACAGCAUUGGCCGAUGGAGGUCGCUCGGUGCCCGAGGACGCACAUGUCAGCCAGCCCGAACUGAAGGUGGAGGACGUCUACAUAGCUGUGAAAACCACCGGGAGGUUCCACAAGACGCGCCUCGCGCUUCUUUUGGAGACCUGGAUCUCCAGAACCAAAGCGCACACGUUCAUUUUCACAGACACAGAGGAUGUGGACCUAACUUCAGAAGGUUAUAACAUGGUGGUAACAGACUGCCAGUCUGAUCACAGUCAGCAGGCUCUGUCCUGCAAGAUGUCUGCAGAGUACGACGGUUUCAUGGCCUCAAACAAGAGGUGGUUUUGUCAUGUGGACGAUGAUAACUAUGUCAACCCAGAAGCUCUGCUCUCGCUGCUGUCAGCCUUCCCCCAGGAAGGUGACAUCUACGUGGGCAAGCCGAGCCUGGACAAGCCCAUCACUGCUCAUGAACUGCUGGAGGGCAACGCAACGAGGGAGGUGCAGUUCUGGUUUGCAACAGGUGGAGCAGGCUUCUGCCUGAGUCGAAGACUGGCAGAGAAGAUGGCUCCGUGGGCCAGUGGCUCCCAGUUCAUGAGAACUUCAGCUAAGAUCCGUCUUCCUGAUGACUGCACUGUGGGCUUUAUUGUGGAAAAGCGACUGGGAAUCUCCAUGGUCCACUGUCCUUUAUUCCACUCGCACCUGGAAAACCUGCUGCUCAUCGGCCAGAGAAGCAUACCACAGCAGGUGACACUGAGCUAUGGGAUAUUCGAGAAUAAGAUGAACAGCAUCGAGGUAAAAGGGAGCUUCUCGAAGGAGGACGAUCCCUCCAGGUUUGUUUCUCGCAAUAUUCAUUCGUAAAUGAGGAGUACUAAGAAAUGUGUCCUUGCUGACAUUAUUGUGUUUAGUGUUCCACUGGCUCCUUUUGCACAUAAAUGACAUAACAUUAAAAAACAUAUGUCACUUUUAAAGACUAAUGGACCAAACUCUAAUUAUUGUAGGAUUUUUAUGCUAAUUGCGGCUUGGUUUUAAAGGCUUAUUGGAUACCAAAACCACUACACAACAGGUUAUAAUACUCACAUAGUCUAAAAUUAUCAUGAGUGCAACUGCGAUACUAGAUUAUGACCAAAAGCUGAGCAUAAAAAUCCAGG